CAUGAAUAGAAUCCAUCGGGGGUAGCUUCCGUCCAGUAUUCAGCAUGCAAGAACACCUAUUGUUGAAGUUCGUAGAAACGCAAGCCAUCUGAGAAUGAGAAAGGGUCGGGAAUUUCCUUUUCAGGCCACCGUCGGGAUGUUUGUCUUUAUUUUUCCGAGCCGAAAUAUUGAGUCUCCAGCCACCACUACUGUAAUUGCUUUACUGUCUCCAGUCUCAAAAAGGAUGUCGGUCACUGAUGCUGUCUCUGUUUUCGCGGAGGGAACGUUCGAGGAGCAGAUCCUCGAGCUUGUUAACUAUCUUGCACUCAGUUUGCCUGAAGAUCAACGACCAAAUUAUGUCCAGCCAUUCCAGGACGUGUUGACUACGCAAGAAGGCCAGAAACCUAUUGAAAAGGAUGAAGAAAGACGAAGAAAAGCGUUGACUUUGGUACUAGGUGAAGUAAAGGGUUUGGGUGAAGGUUCCGAGCGAGAGAUUGAGGGAUUCUUCAACCUACUACUAUCACACUUCUUGACUCUGCUUCCGCUCGAUGCUCCCGAGACAAAAGAACAAUUGGCAACCCUGUUGCAGACCGUUGCUUCUGCUGAUGCUCCAUCCUCCAUCAAAUAUCGCAUACUUUCCAACAUCUUCAACGCCACUCCACGGAAGUCUGGUCUCAGAUUACCAGUUCACCGAGCUCUCAUCGAACUCGCCAGCGCCAACGACGAACUUGACCACCUUGCCGUCUCUGUUUCCGAAGUCGAAAAAUGGCUGUCAGAAUGGGAUGUCUCUGUGGACGAGAAGACCUCAUUCCUCAAAACCUUAUUUGAUGUUUACACGAAAUCCGGCGACCUUGAUACAUCAUAUCUCUAUCAACUUUCCUACGUCCGCUCAAUACCUCCAUCUUCCCCUUCUGCUGAGUCCGCCGCCGGGGAACUCAUCGCAACUGCACUCCGAUCACCAACAACCUUCGAUUUUGACCCUCUCUUCCGUCUGGAUGCUGUAGUUGCAGCGAAAAACCACGAGCUUUUCCCUCUGCUGCAGAUAUUCCUAAACGACGGAUUGUCACAAUACCAGGAUUGGGAAUCCGGCCAUGCCGAUGUGAUCUCCAAAUACAACUUGGACAAGACACAGCUUGAGCGCAAGAUUCGUUUGCUCAGCCUUGCCACCCUCGGGUUCCAAAACGUCGGACGUGAUCUUCCCUACUCAGCAGUAGCCUCCGCAAUUCAGGUUGAAGAGUCACAGGUCGAGCGAUGGGUCAUCGACGGUAAUAUCUUCAUUUCCUUUUAUGCACAAUUCACCCUGCUGAAGUUGACAUUCCUCGUCACAGCCAUUCGUGCAGGUCUCAUCACCAGCAAGAUCUCACAAACCACUCGCACCCUGCAUAUCAUUCGUGCUACUGCCCGUGCAUUCGAGCGCGAUCAGUGGGAAGCACUCGAGAAGCGUCUCGUAGCAUGGAAGACGGGUCUCUCGAGCGUUUUGGAAGUUGUGGUGGCGGCCAAGAAGCGCAAUGUGCCAGAAGCACCUGCUGCUACCCCGGUUACUGUUACUCCCACUGGCAUUGAGGCGAGCACGCCGCAGCCUCAAGAGACCGUAGCUUGAUCACCAUUGGAGGUACAACGGGCAUGUAAAAUUUGACGGACCAUCUUGUGCGUAUCGUACAUCGCCGUUAUAGAUUAUGCGUAGAAUGUGGGAUCACUGGAUUGCAGGACGGAUGCCUGGGUGUGAUUUCGAAUGGAAGCCAACGACAAUGUGAAUGUCUACUUAAUGAAUGCACAAUGGAAUAAUAUCAUGAAAAGUCCUCUAAGUAUCUAUCUACCAGUCACCGUCGAAACCAAUGAAACCUGCAAAGUAGAUCAGCAUGCUACAUCCGCAGUAGCAGAAAUAAGCGAAACUUACCUGCAAGCAAAAACACAGGGAAAUACCGUUUCUUCUCGAGCGAGUUACACCAGUUCCAAGCCGAAGUGAGUCGUCCAUCGAUACACGAUCCAGCAUCAAAGAAGUUGUCUGCACCCGAUCCAUCGAAUCCAUGUCUGAAGAAGUCGCCAAGGAUUUCUCUUGAACAACCUUCCGCAGAUCCGAACUCGUUUUCGAUGUAUGAUCGGAGAGCAUGCUUAGUCAUGAGCUCUGGAAUUUUGGAGAUCGUGUUGCAAAUAGGCAGGAGGAUUCGAUAGAUUUGGGAGUAUUUAUCUAAUGACAGAGCAUUUCUUC